AUGCAGCUAUUCUCUUGGCCUCGAUCACACCUUCUCGAAAUUGGCGACCGAAUCUGGUGUCCCCCAUGGCUUCACCGGCACGAGCAACUGCUUCUCACCCAACUGUGGAAUCUUCGAACUCCCGGGUGGAGCCGUGGAAGUCUCGCGACACAGGCAUGUGCAGGGUUCAAGGAGCACCUGAAAGAUAUUUCCUCAUACACAGUUCUGGACAUCUGCGCCGGCGCCGGUAGACCUACCCCAGUCCUUGAAUCAGAGCUGAAUAAAGAACUCGGGUCUGAGGGCAAGGGCCCUGUUCCAUUUGUUUUGACCGAUCUUUACCCCCAUAUCGAAGAGUGCGAGCGAAUCUCGAAGAAGCAGCAGAAUAUCAUCUACAUUGAGAGCCCCGUGGAUGCUCGAGCUGUUUCUUGA